AUGACAGAACAAAGCACCAAAACAGAAACAACACUGACGGCCGAAGAAGCCACAACAAAAGAAUUUUCUACAGUUCAAACAAGACCAGGGACGGAAGAGACUACCACGUUUGAAACAACAACAAUGACAGAAAACAUUACAACUACCGUAAAAAAACCAACGACAGAAGAAUUCACCACCACCGAGGCAAUACCUUGGACUGAAGAAACCACUACUACUGGAACGACAACAACGACCGAAAAAGCUACAACAACAGAAACAACACUCAUCACAAAAGUAACCAUUACAACUGAAACAAAACCAACGAUGGAAGACACGACAACUUCUAAAACAACACCAAUGACAGAAGACACUACCACUACCCCGACAAAACCAACCACAGAAAAAUUCACUACCACUAAGGCAAUACCUUGGACUGAAGAAACCACUACGACUGGACCGACAACAACGACAGAAAAAGCUACAACUACAGAAACAACACACAUUACAAAAGUAACUAUUACAACUGAAACAAAACCAACGAUGGAAGAGACGACAACUUCUGAAGCGACACCAAUGACAGAAGACACUUUACCCACCGUGACAAAAUCAACGACAGAAAAAUUCACCACCACUGAGACAAUACCAUUAACAGAAGAAACCACAACUUCUGAAACAACACCAAUGACAGAAGACACUACCACUACCCCGACAAAACCAACCACAGAAAAAUUCACUACCACUGAGGCAAUACCAUGGACAGAAGAAACCACUACGAUUGGACCAACAACAACGACCGAAGAGGCUACCACUACAGAAACAAAACUCAUAACAAAAGCAACAAUGACAACUGAAAUAAAACCAACGAUGGAAGAGACUACUACUUUUGAAACAACACCAAAGACAGUGUACACUGCCACAACCCUCACAACACCAUCAACAGUCGAAAUUACAACACAUGAAACAAUACCGACGACAGCAGAAAUCACCACAACAGAGACUAUACCUAUGACAGAACAAAGCACCAAAACAGAAACAACACUGACGGCCGAAGAAGCCACAACAAAAGAAUUUUCUACAGCUGAAACAAGACCAGGAACGGAAGAGACUACCACGUUAGAAACAACAACAAUGACAGAAAACACUACAAGUACCGUAAAAAAACCAACGACAGAAGAAUUCACCACCACCGAGGCAAUACCUUGGACUGAAGAAACCACUACGACUGGACCGACAACAACGACAGAAAAAGCUACAACUACAGAAACAACAUACAUUACAAAAGUAACUAUAACAACUGAUACAAAACCAACGAUGGAAGACACGACAACUUCUCAAGCAACACCAAUGACAGAAGACACUUUACCCACCGUGACAAAAUCAACGACAGAAAAAUUCACCACCACUGAGACAAUACCAUUAACAGAAGAAACCACAACGAGUGAACCAAUAUUGACGACCGACGAGGCUACUACUACAGAAACAACACACAUUACAAAAGUAACUAUUACAACUGAAACAAAACCAACGAUGGAAGAAACCACAACUUCUGAAACAACACCAAUGACAGAAGACACUACCACUACCCCGACAAAACCAACCACAGAAAAAUUCACUACCACUGAGGCAAUACCAUGGACAGAAGAAACCACUACGAUUGGACCAACAACAACGACCGAAGAGGCUACCACUACAGAAACAAAACUCAUAACAAAAGCAACAAUGACAACUGAAAUAAAACCAACGACGGAAGAGACUACCACUUUUGAAACAACACCAAAGACAGUAUACACUGCCACAACCCUCACAACACCAUCAACAGUCGAAAUUACAACACAUGAAACAAUACCGUCAACAGCAGAAAUCACCACAACAGAGACUAUAGCUAUGACAGAACAAAGCACCACAACAGAAACAACACCGACGGCCGAAGAAGCCACAACAAAAGAAUUUUCUACAGCUGAAACAAGACCAGGGACGGAAGAGACUACCACGUUUGAAACAACAACAAUGACAGAAAACACUACAACUACCGUAAAAAAACCAACGACAGAAGAAUUCACCACCACUGAGGCAAUACCUUGGACUGAAGAAACCACUACGACUGGACAGACAACAACGACAGAAAAAGCUACAACUACAGAAACAACACACAUUACAGAAGUAACUAUUACAACUGAAACAAAACCAACGAUGGAAGACACUACAACUUCUGAAGCCACACUGAUGACAGAAGAUACUACCACUACCCUGACAAAACCAACCACAGAAAAAUUCACUACCACUGAGGCAAUACCAUGGACAGAAGAAACCACUACGAUUGGACCAACAACAACGACCGAAGAGGCUACCACUACAGAAACAAAACUCAUAACAAAAGCAACAAUGACAACUGAAAUAAAACCAACGACGGAAGAGACUACUACUUUUGAAACAACACCAAAGACAGUAUACACUGCCACAACCCUCACAACACCAUCAACAGUCGAAAUUACAACACAUGAAACAAUACCGACGACAGCAGAAAUCACCACAACAGAGACUAUACCUAUGACAGAACAAAGCACCAAAACAGAAACAACACUGACGGUCGAAGAAGCCACAACAAAUGAAUUUUCUACAGCUCAAACAAGACCAGGGACGGAAGAGACUACCACGUUUGAAACAACAACAAUGACAGAAAACAUUACAACUACCGUAAAAAAACCAACGACAGAAGAAUUCACCACCACCGAGGCAAUACCUUGGACUGAAGAAACCACUACUACUGGAACGACAACAACGACCGAAAAAGCUACAACAACAGAAACAACACUCAUCACAAAAGUAACCAUUACAACUGAAACAAAACCAACGAUGGAAGACACGACAACUUCUAAAACAACACCAAUGACAGAAGACACUACCACUACCCCGACAAAACCAACCACAGAAAAAUUCACUACCACUAAGGCAAUACCUUGGACUGAAGAAACCACUACGACUGGACCGACAACAACGACAGAAAAAGCUACAACUACAGAAACAACACACAUUACAAAAGUAACUAUUACAACUGAAACAAAACCAACGAUGGAAGAGACGACAACUUCUGAAGCGACACCAAUGACAGAAGACACUUUACCCACCGUGACAAAAUCAACGACAGAAAAAUUCACCACCACUGAGACAAUACCAUUAACAGAAGAAACCACAACUUCUGAAACAACACCAAUGACAGAAGACACUACCACUACCCCGACAAAACCAACCACAGAAAAAUUCACUACCACUGAGGCAAUACCAUGGACAGAAGAAACCACUACGAUUGGACCAACAACAACGACCGAAGAGGCUACCACUACAGAAACAAAACUCAUAACAAAAGCAACAAUGACAACUGAAAUAAAACCAACGACGGAAGAGACUACUACUUUUGAAACAACACCAAAGACAGUGUACACUGCCACAACCCUCACAACACCAUCAACAGUCGAAAUUACAACACAUGAAACAAUACCGACGACAGCAGAAAUCACCACAACAGAGACUAUACCUAUGACAGAACAAAGCACCAAAACAGAAACAACACUGACGGCCGAAGAAGCCACAACAAAAGAAUUUUCUACAGCUGAAACAAGACCAGGAACGGAAGAGACUACCACGUUAGAAACAACAACAAUGACAGAAAACACUACAACUACCGUAAAAAAACCAACGACAGAAAAGUUCACCACCACUGAGACAAUACCUUGGACUGAAGAAACCACUACGGCUGGACCGACAACAACGACAGAAAAAUCUACAACUACAGAAACAACACACAUUACAAAAGUAACUAUUACAACUGAAACAAAACCAACGAUGGAAGAGACGACAACUUCUGAAGCAACACCAAUGACAGAAGACACUUUACCCACCGUGACAAAAUCAACGACAGAAAAAUUCACCACCACCGAGGCAAUACCUUGGACUGAAGAAACCACUACGACUGGACCGACAACAACGACAGAAAAAGCUACAACUACAGAAACAACACACAUUACAAAAGUAACAAUUACAACUGAAACAAAACCAACGAUGGAAGUCACGACAACUUCUGAAGCAACACCAAUGACAGAAGACACUACCAAUACUCCGACAAAACCAACCACAGAAAAAUUCACUACCACUGAGGUAAUACCAUGGACAGAAGAAACCACAACGACUGAACCAAUACCGACGACCGACGAGGCUACUACUACAGAAACAACAAAAAUUACAAAAGCAACAAUGACAACUGAAAUAAAACCAACGACGGAAGAGACUACUACUGUUGAAACAACACCAAAGACAGUUUACACUGCCACAACCCUUACAACACCAUCAACAGUCGAAAUUACAACACAUGAAACAAUACCGACGACCGAAAAAAUCACCACACCAGAGAGUAUACCUAUGACAGAACAAAGCACCACGACCGAAACAACACCGACGGCCGAAGAAGCCACAACAAAAGAAUUUUCUACAGCUGAAACAAGACCAGGAACGGAAGAGACUACCACGUGUGAAAUAACAACAACGACAGAAAACACUACAACUACCGUAAAAAAACCAACGACAGAAGAAUUCACCACCACUGAGGCAAUACCUUGGACUGAAGAAACCACUACUACUGGAUCGACAACAACGACAGAAAAAGCUACAACUACAGAAACAACACACAUUACAAAAGUAACUAUUACAACUGAAACAAAACCAACGAUGGAAGAGACGACAACUACUGAAGCAACACCAAUGACAGAAGACUCUUUACCCACCGUGACAAAAUCAACGACAGAAAAAUUCACCACCACUCAGGCAAUACCAUUACCAGAAGAAACCACUACGACUGAACCAAUACUGACGACCGACGAGGCUACUACUACAGAAACAACAUACAUUACAAAAGCAACAAUGACAACUGAAAUAAAACCAACGACGGAAGACACUACCACUUUUGAAACAACAACAAAGACAGUUUACACUGCCACAACCCUUACAACACCAUCAACAGUCGAAAUUACAACACAUGAAACAAUACCGACGACAGAAGAAAUCACCAUAACAGAGACUAUACCUAUGACAGAACAAAGCACCACGACAGAAACAACACCGACGGCCGAAGAAGCCACAACAAAAGAAUUUUCUACAGCUGAAACAAGACCAGGAACGGAAGAGACUACCACGUUUGAAAUAACAACAAUGACAGAAAACACUACAACUACCGUAAAAAAACCAACGACAGAAGAAUUCACCACCACUGAGUCAAUACCUUGGACUGAAGAAACCACUACGACUGGACCGACAACAACGACAGAAAAAGCUACAACUACAGAAAUAACACACAUUACAAAAGUAACUAUUACAACUGAAACAAAACCAACGAUGGAAGACACGACAACUUCUGAAGCAACACCAAUGACAGAAGACACUUUACCCACCGUGACCAAAUCAACGACAAAAAAAUUCACCACCACUCAGGCAAUACCAUUACCAGAAGAAACCAUUACGACUGAACCAAUACUGACGACCGACGAGGCUACUACUACAGAAACAACAUACAUUACAAAAGCAACAAUGACAACUGAAAUAAAACCAACGACGGAAGAGACUACUACUUUUGAAACAACACCAAAGACAGUAUACACUGCCACAACACUUACAACACCAUCAACAGUCGAAAUUACAACACAUGAAACAAUACCAACGACCGAAGAAAUCACCACAACAGAGACUAUACCUAUGACAGAACAAAGCACCACAACAGAAACAACACUGACAGCCGAAGAAACCACAACAAAAGAAUUUUCUACAGCUGAAACAAGACCAGGAACGGAAGAGACUACCACGUUUGAAACAACAACACUGAUAGAAAACACUACAACUACCGUAAAAAAACCAACGACAGAAAAGUUCACCACCACUGAGACAAUACCUUGGACUGAAGAAACCACUACGGCUGGACCGACAACAACGACAGAAAAAUCUACAACUACAGAAACAACACACAUUACAAAAGUAACUAUUACAACUGAAACAAAACCAACGAUGGAAGAGACGACAACUUCUGAAGCAACACCAAUGACAGAAGACACUUUACCCACCGUGACAAAAUCAACGACAGAAAAAUUCACCACCACUGAGACAAUACCAUUUACAGAAGAAACCACUACGACUGAACCAAUACUAACGACCGACGAGGCUACUACUACAGAAACAACACACAUUACAAAAGUAACUAUUACAACUGAAACAAAAUCAACGAUGGAAGAGACGACAACUUCUGAAGCAACACCAAUGACAAAAGACACUUUACCCACCGUGACAAAAUCAACGACAGAAAAAUUCACCACCACUGAGACAAUACCAUUAACAGAAGAAACCACUACGACUGAACCAAUACUGACGACCGACGAAGCUACUACUACAGAAACAACAUACAUUACAAAAGCAACAAUGACAACUGAAAUAAAACCAACGACGGAAGAGACUACCACUUUUGAAACAACACCAAAGACAGUUUACACUGCCACAACCCUUACAACACCAUCAACAGUCGAAAUUACAACACAUGAAACAAUACCGACGACAGAAGAAAUCACCACAACAGAGACUAUACCUAUGACAGAACAAAGCACCACGACAAAAACAACACCGACGGCCGAAGAAGCCACAACAAAAGAAUUUUCUACAGCUGAAACAAGACCAGGAACGGAAGAGACUACCACGUUUGAAACAACAACACUGAUAGAAAACACUACAACUACCGUAAAAAAACCAACGACAGAAAAGUUCACCACCACUGAGACAAUACCUUGGACUGAAGAAACCACUACGACUGGACCGACAACAACGACAGAAAAAGCUACAACUACAGAAAUAACACACAUUACAAAAGUAACUAUUACAACUGAAACAAAACCAACGAUGGAAGAGACGACAACUUCUGAAGCAACACCAAUGACAGAAGACACUUUACUCACCGUGACAAAAUCAACGACAGAAAAAUUCACCACCACUCAGGCAAUACCAUUACCAGAAGAAACCACUACGACUGAACCAAUACUGACGACCGACGAGGCUACUACUACAGAAACAACAUACAUUACAAAAGCAACAAUGACAACUGAAAUAAAACCAACGACGGAAGACACUACCACUUUUGAAACAACAACAAAGACAGUUUACACUGCCACAACCCUUACAACACCAUCAACAGUCGAAAUUACAACACAUGAAACAAUACCGACGACAGAAGAAAUCACCAUAACAGAGACUAUACCUAUGACAGAACAAAGCACCACGACAGAAACAACACCGACGGCCGAAGAAGUCACAACAAAAGAAUUUUCUACAGCUGAAACAAGACCAGGAACAGAAGAGACUACCACGUUUGAAACAACAACAAUGACAGAAAACACUACAACUACCGUAAAAAAACCAACGACAGAAAAAUUUACCACCACUGUGACAAUACCAUGGACUGAAGAAACCACUACGACUGGACCGACAACAACGACAGAAAAAGCUACAACUACAGAAACAACACACAUUACAAAAGUAAAUAUUACAACUGAAACAAAACCAACGAUGAAAGAAACCACAACUUCUGAAACAACACCUAUGACAGAAGACACUACAUCUACCGUGACAAAAUCAACCACAGAUAAAUUCAACACCACUGAGGCAAUACCAUGGACAAAAGAAACCGUUACGACUGUAUCAACAGCAACAAACGAAGAGGCUUCUACUACGGAAACAAAACUUAUAACAAACGCAACUAUGACAAUUGAAACAAAACCAACGACAGAAGAGACAACCACUUUUGAAACAACACCAAAGACAGUAUACACUGCUACAACCAUUGUAAAACCAUCGACAGUCGAAAUUACACCGAAUGAAACAAUACUGACGACGGAAGAAAUAACGAAAGCAGAGACUAUACAAUCGACAGAACAGACCACUACGACAGAAACAACACCAAUGACAGAAGACACUUCAACUACCCUGACAAAACCAACUACAGAAAAAUUGACUACCACUGAGGCAAUACCAUGGACAAAAGAAACCACUACGACUCGACCGACAAAAACGACCGAAGAAGCUUCUACUACAGACAUAACACUCAUUACAAAAGUAACCGUAACAAGUGAAACAAAACCAACGAUGGAUGAGACUACCACUUUUGAAACAACACCAAAGACAGUUUACACUGCUACAACCCUUACAACACCAUCGACAGUUGAAAUUACAACGAAUAAAACAAUACCGUCGACCGACGAAAUCACGACAACAGAGACUAUACAAUCGACAGAACAGACCACUACGACAGAAAUAACACAAACAACCGAAAAAGCUACAACAAAAGAUUAUUUUAAAACAGAAACAAUACUAACAACGGAGGAGACUACAACUUCUGAAACAACACCUAUGACAGAAGACACUACAACUACCCUGACAAAACCAACCACAGAACAAAUCACUACCACUGAGGCAAUACCAUGGACAGAAGAAACCACUACGACUGGACCAACAACAACGAGCGAAGAAGUAACUACUACAGAAACAACACUCAUAACAAAAUUAACUGUAACAAGUGAAACAAAACCAACGAUGGAUGAGACUACCACUCUUGAAACAACACCAAAGACAGUAUACACUGCUACAAUCGUUACAACACCAUCGACAGUCGAAAUUACAACGAAUGAAACAAUACCGACUACCGAAGAAAUCACGACAACAGAGAGUAUACCAUCGACAGAACAGACCACCACGACAGAAACAACAUCAAUGGCAGAAGACACUUUAACUUCCGUGACGAAACCAAUGACAGAAAAUUUCACCACUUCUGAUGCAAUACCAUGGACAGAAGAAACCACUACGACUGGACCAAUACCAACGACCGACGAGGCAACUACCACAGAAACAACACUCAUAACAAAAGCAAAACCAACGGCGGCAGAGAUUUCCACUUUUGAAACAACACCAAAGACAGUAAACACUGCUACAACACUUACAACACCAACAAAAGAAGAAGUUUGUACAACUGAAACAAUCAUAUCGACAGUCAAUCGACCAGAGACCAUACAAUCGAAGGAACAGAUCACCACGACAGAAAAAACGCAAAUGGCCGAAGAAUCUACACCAAAAGUAUUUCCUACAACUGAAACAAUUCUAACGGCGGAACAGACCACAACUUCUGAUACAGCAAUUAUGACAGAAGAAACUACAACUACCGUUAUAAAACAACCAACGGAAGAAUUCACCACAACUGAGGCAAUACCAUGGACAGAAGAAACCACUACGAUUGGACCAACAUCAUCGACCGAAGAGACUUCUUCGCCAGAAACAACACUUAUAACAAUACCAAUAACGGAAGAGGUUACUACUUUUGAAACAACACUUGAUUUUGGAUAUACCACCACUACCCUUUCAAUACCAGAGACAGAAGAAGUUACUGCCAUUGAAGCAAUACCAUCGACUGCAGACACCACUAUGACUGCAAUUAUACCAACGAAAGCAGAAUAUACUAGAACUGAGCCAAUACCAACGAUGGUAGAGAUAACUACGAGUGAAACUAUACCAUCGACUGAAGAAUUCAUUAUUACUGAGGUAAUUCCAUCGACAGCAGCAAUCACCACGACUGAAAUAACACCAACGACUGACGAGGCUACUAUAACAGAUACAACACUUAUGACAAAAAAAACUACAACUACUGAAACAAUAACAGCGACGGAAAUGACACCAAAGAUAGUAAACACCACCACUACCCUUACAACACCAAUGACAGAAGAAGUUACCACAAUUGAGGCAUUACCAUUAACAGUAGAGACCACUAUGACUGAAAUAACACCAAAUACCGAAGAGACCACUGCAACAGAAGUAACACUUACAGCAAAAGAAACAACUUCAUUUGGAACAACACCAACGACUGAAAAAGUCACCACCACUGAGGCAAUACCAUCAACAAUAGACACCACUACGACUGCAAUAUUACAAACGAAAGAAGAAGUUGUCACAACUGAAGCAAAAUCGAUAUCGAUAGUAGAGACUAUUUCGAGUGAAAAUACAUCAACAACCGAAGAAUUUACUAUAACUGAGGCAAUACCAUCGACGCCCGAAAAAGCUACGACUAAAAUAACACCAACGACCGAAGAGGCUACUACUAUAGAAACAUUACUUACGUCAAAAGAGACUACAACAACAGAAACAACACCAAGCACUAAAAAGACUACCUCUUUUGAAACAACGCCAAAGACAGUAGACACCAUUUAUUCUGGAACAACACCGACGAUAGAGGAAGUUACUACAAAUGAGGCAAUACCGUCAAGAGUAGAGCCCUCUAAGACUGAAAUAACACUAAACACAACUGAAACAUCAUCGACUUUGGAAGAAACGACAACAAUAGCAUUAACGACUGUUGUAAAUUCAACAACUGUUGACACAACUGAAACUGUAUUGACGCUGGAGGAAUUGACCACUGAUGCGUCAAAGACGGGAAAAUCAACAAUAAAACCAUCUUUAUCAGUUAAAAACAGAAGAAGUGAAGCAAAGAUGUAUAAAUUACAAUCUUCAUUUGACACACAAACUCUAGUUCCAGAUUCAGCAGAACUGUCGUAUGAAGGUGAACUACCAGAAAUUGUUUCAGCCAAUAGAACAGACAUUGUAAAUGUAUAUUCUGAAUUUGAGGAACCUAUUUCAAAAGCAAAUUCAGCAGAACUAUCUUAUGAGGACGCAUUACCAAAAGAAUUUCAUUCAUAUGAUAUAGAAUUUACGACUGGGCUAUCUGCAUUAAACGAACUAUAUCCAGAUUCAGCAGAACUGUCAUAUGCGGAGCUUGAAUUACCAGUGAAAGAAUCUACAUUCAAACCGUCGACCCUGGAGGAUGAAUACUCAAUCAACACUGCCAAAUAUCAAAAGGUUCUAUCGCCGUCGUCACCGGUGGAAGUAUUAUCUACUGAAACGUCAACAGCACAAGAAAAACCAACAACAGAAGCAUCAGCAACCCUGGAAGAAUUCUCAACUGAAACGUUAUCGAAGAUGAAAAAAUACUUAGACGAAAUGCCAUUGACGAAUGAAGAAUCCACAACAUCAUUACUUGAAGAAGUUACGAAAGUCAUCAACAGCGAUACAACGACUAACGAAAAUAAAAUCAUCGAUAAUGCGAAAACGGCCAACAACAACAAGCAAAUCAUUGACAACAAGAAUACAAACGACAAGAAAAUCAUUAACACCAAGAGAACGACCAACGAAAAGAAAGUUGUCGACAACAAGAAAUCGACCAACAACAAGAAUGUCAUGGACAGCUAUCGAACCAUCAACUACAACGAAAGAAAAACCUACGUCAACAAGAUCACCAAAAACGAAAGGACAGCCAAUGACUAG